AUGACAGAAACUUGUACAAAAUUAAAAAACUUUUAUGGCUCAACUAUAGAAACAGUAGGUAUGACUAAAACUAGAGUGAAAUUCAAUAAACAAAAGUAUGUACUUGACUUUUAUGUGGUAAAAUUUAAAACUACUAAUGUGCUGAGCUACAAUGCUGCCAUGCAGUUGGGUUUAAUAAAUAAAGUUGAAAAUAUUUCAAAGGAAUGUGUAGCUCAGGACAUUGGUGAAUACAAAGAUUUGUUUCAUGGUCUAGGAAAAUUGAACUAUGUAUACAAAAUUAAAUUAACAGACAAUUGUGCACCUGUAGUGGAGCCACCAAGGAAAAUUCCUUUUAAAUUAGUGGAUAAAGUAAAAAAUGAGCUUGAUCGAUUGAAGCAACUUGAUGUAAUAAAGAAAGUUCAAGAACCAUCUGAGUGGGUCAAUUCUAUGGUGAUUGUUAGAAAAAGUCAAGAUAAAAUUAGAUUUUGUUUAGAUCCACAAAAUGUAAACAAAUGUAUCAUAAGAGAACGUCAUAAAAUACCUACCUUUGAGGAACUUACUUCAGCCAUGCCUGAUGUCAAAUAUUACUCUGUGUUAGAUGCAAAAAUAAGAUAA